UUGGGUUAACUUGAAGGCGGCCUUGGAUUACCCACCCACCAAACCAAACGCAGAAGUUCUUGUUUCUUCCUACGCGAAGGCAUUCUCUCUUCUCUCUAUUCUUCGGAUUUACGAACCCUUUCAAUUUUUGCCCUUUUCAUCUUGUUAAUAACACUGUUUUAGUCAAAGUAACAUAGAAUCUUGGAUAUUUUGUGAAUGCCUUGUGCUUUGGGUUCAAAUUUCAUUCAAAUUUAUGUUUCUGCUAAUUGUUUAUUAAUGAAGGCAGUUGCUUUUCUUUAAGGUUUGUGUAUGUGAGUAUUAGAUAUGUUCAGCUGUUCUAUGUAUGAAUGUUCUCGCCUCUACACAAAACUCUCAAAUUCGCAAUGAAUAUAUAUUGCUUUCAGAGGAAUUUCUCAGCUGCUUUGCCGCCUGUCCAACUACCAUCUCAAAGGGAGACCCACCUUUGGUAUAUUGUACCUGAUGAGGUGAAGAGUACAUCUCUCCUAAAUCAUUACUUAGAACUUCUUUCACCAAGGGAGAAGGAAAAUAUUUAUCGACUGCGUGGAGAUCAGCACAAGAAAACUGCCCUGCUAGCUCGGGCCUUAGUUCGCACAACCAUUGCCAGAUAUCAAACACAUUGUCAAGUAAGUCCAAGAGAUUUGAAGUUCCGGAAGAACAUCUAUGGGAAGCCUGAGAUUGGUAUUGAUGUAGAAGAGAAACAACGAAGAACUAAGAGCAAUAUUUUAGCUUUUGCAAAACGGUACUUUUCUCUGGAGGAAGUGAAAUUUUUAACUGCAAUGUCAGACCCUGAAAUUCAGCGUCAGGAGUUUAUCAAGUUAUGGACUCUCAAGGAGGCUUAUGUGAAAGCAUUGGGAAGGGGUUUCUCAGCUGCACCCUUCAAGACCUUUACCCUUGGGUCUAGGACCGCAACUAUAGGAGGGUUUCAUCUUUCAAAGACUUUAGAUUCUGAGGCAUCUGAAAUUAUCCUUGAAUCCUCUGACAACCCUGAGACCCUCACAAGCAAUUGGCAAUUUGCACUCUUGGACUUGGAUUGUUCUCAUUAUGCUGCCAUUUGUGUGGAAGAGGAUAAAUCCAGUGAAGUUAAAAUGAGUGUCCCAAUGAAAUUGAGGGUGUGGAAAACCAUCCCCUUUGUUGAAGAUGAACUCGUUUCUGGAACCCAUGCGGUUGUAGUCAUAUCUGGCUUGAUCAACCAACUGUAAAUAUGUGUUAUAAGACUUCAGAUUAUGUGUUCGUACAAUUGUAUUCAGCAAUUGGUGAAGGAAAUUUUGCAGUCAAUAAGGGUAAUUUCAUUUGAAAAUCUUCUGUUAACUCGAAAGGAGAUCAAAUGAAAAUGGAGAGAUAUGGUAAAGAUAGAAUGAAUAUGAAGCUGACUGAAGAUGAAAAGAGUUUAUGUUAUUAGAUGGAAAAGGUAAUUAAAAAUUAGUACAAAAUGUAUAUGAGUUGCCAGUAUUAAAAAGAAAAACGCUAGUUUCUCUCAUGUA